AUGAAGACCUUAUUUCAGUCCCAAGGUUUAUGGAAUUUGAUACAAAAUGGGUAUGAUGAACCCGAUUCAACAACUACAUUAACCUCAGCACAAGAGCAACAGCUAGAGGAAACCAGGAAAAAGGAAGCUAAAGCACUCUUCUUCAUCCAACAAGCACUCUCUGAUGAGUUGUUUCCAAGAAUCAUUGAAGCCAAGAAAUCAAACGAAGCAUGGGACAUUUUACAACAAGAAUUUCAAGGAGACAAAAAGGUAAGAAUCAUCAAACUCCCAACUCUUAGAAGGGAGUUAAAAUAUUUGAAGAUGAAAGAAUCUGAAACUUUAACUGAUUAUUUCUCUAAACUAAUGGAGAUUGUCAAUCAAAUGAAAUCAUAUGGUGAAAGAGUUGAACAAAAGAGAAUUGUUGAGAAAAUUCUGGUUAGUUUACCAGAAAAAUAUAACACAAUGGUGGGAAUAAUUGAAGAGACAAAGGAUAUCUCUGAAAUGAGUGUCCAAGAAUUGAUGGGUUCUUUGAAAGCUCAUGAACAAAGGUUAUUAAAACAAUUGGAGAAGCCUUUGGAGAGUGCAUUCCAAUCAAAAGUUAAUUUAAAUUCUAAAAGUCAUGGAGAAUCAUCAAACUUGGAGCAAAAUUUGCUAAAUGUUAGACAAUUUGUGGAACAUGGAUAUGCAGUCCAUUUUGAAGUUAACAGCUGCACCAUUCAUGAUAUAAAUGCAAAGCAAGUGGAAAGAAGAAGCAAAUUAGAUGAAACAAGUGAGAAAUGUAUCUUUGUGGGAUAUAACAACAAAUCCAAGGGCUAUCAAUUGUAUAGCUUGAAUAAAAAUCAGAUAAUAAUCAGCCGGGAUGUGUUAUUUGAUGAGAAUGCUUCAUGGAAUUGGGAAGAAGGUAAAAUUGAGAAGCAAUCUGUCCUAGUUGAUGAGGAGCAAGAAAAUUCAACACAUGAAUAUGAAAAUGAUGAAGAUUCACACCAAUUCUCACCAAGGACAGGUUCAUCAUCAUCUUCCAGCUCUUCUCCAAGUUCAAGCUCAAAUUCUACUUCAUCCUCACCUAGCUCAACUCCAAACAAUUAA